AUGGAGUUUCAUAGAGUUCAAACCAUUGCUUCUUUGUCAACUGACAAAGAAACAAUUCCUGAAGAGUUCAUUAGGCCAGAGAAAGAGCAGCCAGCAAUAACCACAUCUCAUGGUCCAGUGCCUCAAAUUCCAACCAUUGAUCUCAAUGAUCCUGAUGAACAAAACUUGGUGCGUUUGAUUGUGGAUGCUAGCAAGGAAUGGGGGAUAUUCCAAAUUAUAAACCAUGGAGUUCCAAGUGAUCUUAUUACAAAACUACAAGACGUCGGUAAGACAUUCUUUGAACUACCUCAAGAAGAGAAAGAGGUGUAUGCUAAGCCUCAUGAUUCAAAAAGUGUUGAAGGAUAUGGUUCUAAAUUGCAAAAAGAUCCCCAUGAAAAAAAAUCUUGGGUUGAUCACCUCUUUCAUAGGAUUUGGCCUCCUUCUUCCAUCAAUUACAAGUUCUGGCCCAAAAACCCUCCUUCUUACAGGGAAGUUAACGAGGAGUAUGGAAUAUAUAUGAGGGAGGUGGUAGAUAAGCUAUUUACCACCCUGUCUGUAGGGUUAGGGCUUGAAGGCCAGGUUUUAAAAGAAGCUGCUGGUGGGGAAGAAAUUGAAUACAUGCUCAAAAUCAAUUACUAUCCACCAUGCCCCCGUCCUGACCUAACACUUGGGGUAGUGGCCCAUACUGAUCUAUCUGCCAUCACCAUUCUUGUGCCUAAUGAGGUCCCUGGAUUGCAAGUCUUCAAGGAUGAUCAUUGGAUUGAAGCUAAGUAUAUUCCUAAUGCCUUGAUCAUCCACAUUGGGGAUCAAAUUGAGAUCCUUAGCAAUGGCAAGUACAAGGCUGUUUUGCAUCGAACCACAGUGUCUAAAGAUAAGGCAAGGAUGUCAUGGCCAGUUUUCUUGGAGCCACCAGGGGAGUUUGUGGUUGGUCCUCUUCCUCAACUUAUUAGCAAAGACAAUCCUCCAAAGUUCAAGACCAAAAAAUUUAAGGAUUACAUGUACUGUAAACUCAAUAAGCUUCCCCAGUAG